AUGCAGGAGGACACCAGCCAGAAAAACUUGUGCCCAUCGCACCCCAGCACCGCUCAUCUAGGUUGGCACGCACAAGGCUUGGGAGCUGAUGCAAGCCUCAGCAGCCAGCGGUACAAGGCACCUGUAAGCUUAGGUCGGGCCACACGGGAGGAGAGGAAUGGACAACACCUGCCGUCCCCUCCCCACUGGAGUUCCCGAAAGCGCCUCGCCCCGCCGCCAGGGAGGAACGGGGCCGGCAACGGUGCUACCGACACCGCACAGCCCGCGCCGCCCUUACCGGAGUGGGGCGGGGCAGCACCGCGCGCCCCACGGCCGACGCGCGCGAGAUUCUGCCGGGCCACCCGCGAGUUCGCGCGAGGUUUCCGCUUGGCUGUGGGCAGCGGCGGCAGCCGCGGUGGCUCCAUGCGGUCGGAGCGAGAGGUCGGGCCGGGGCUGACGCGGGGCGGCGGCCGUGAGAAGUGGCCCAUGGACAUCCCGCAGCGGCGGGAGUCGCCACGCCGCGACCCGGACUCCGCGCCGCCAAACCCUCCGCAGCCGCCACCACCUUCCCCGCCGUCCGCGCUGCCGCCGCCGCUUCACUCGGCGCCGGUGAAACAGCGAGAGGAGAAAAAAACGGCUCUGAGCAAAGUGGUUAUUCGACGACUUCCUCCUUGUCUAACUAAGGAGCAACUUGAGGAACAGCUACAUCCCCUACCUGCCCAUGAUUAUUUUGAGUUUUGCACUGCUGAUCCCAGCCUUUAUCCUCAUCUCUACUCAAGAGCAUACAUUAACUUUAGAAACCCUGAGGACAUCCUUCUUUUUAGAGAUCGCUUUGAUGGCUAUGUCUUCAUUGAUAAUAAAGGUUUGGAGUACCCUGCAGUGGUUGAAUUUGCUCCGUUCCAGAAGAUUUCCAAAAAGAAGCUGAAGAAGAAGGAUGCUAAAGCUGGGAGCAUUGAAGAUGAUCCAGAAUAUAGGAAAUUUUUAGAGAGUUAUUGUGUUGAUGAAGAAAAAAUCUGUGCCAAUCCUGAGAUUCUUUUGGGAGAGAUUGAGGCCAAAACAAGGGAACUCAUUGCUAGAAGAACAACACCCCUUUUGGAAUAUAUUAAAAAUAGAAAAUUAGAAAAGCAGAGAAUACGCGAAGAGAAAAGAGAAGAACGAAGGCGGAGGGAACUGGAGAAGAAACGUCUGCGAGAGGAAGAGAAAAGGAAACGCAGAGAAGAAGAAAGACGUAAAAGAAAAGAAGUGGAGAAGCAAAAGAAAAUUUCUGAAAAAGAAAUAAGGAUCAAGCUUCUCAAGAAGCCUGAAAAAGGAGAUGAACUGACCAGUGAAAAGUACAAAGAAAAAGGUGAAGAAGCUGACAUUGAGGAAAACAAAUGGGAUAAAUCACCUGGAUCUGGGAGCAUAAAACACAAAUCUUUGGAAGCUUCACUAAAAGAACUUAAGGAAAAGUCACAAAAUGAUAGUGACAAAGAGCAAAGAGAUUUGGAGAGAAGAUUUCGAGAAAAAGAACCUGAAAGACAAAGGUAUCAAUUGGAUGAUGGCAGAAAGCAUAGAGCUCACUGUGAGUUUGACAAGUUUGUGAGAAGGAAUGAAGAAGAGCUGAAAUGGGGGAAAGGAUACAACCAAGACAGAGGAAAGAAAGGGAACUACAACUACAGCUUCACUAUGGAGGCAGUAGACAAACUGGGUAAAGAGGACAAGUGUGAUGACAUGGCAUCCAAAAAGGAGCGCAUAAGAAAUAAGGAUCGCCCAGCCAUGCAGUUAUACCAGCCAGGAGCUCGCAUUCGAACUCAUACGGGAUGUACAAGUAAAACCUAUGACUGCAGUGGGAAAUCUUUUGAAGAUGCUCUUGAUAAAAAGUAUGAGGCAGAUAAUUCAGCUGGAGGUGGUUCUGAGAAGAGCGAAGAAGCAGAGUAA